AUACUAGCCUUUCGUGUUCACGUGAAUGUUGUGUGCAAACAAGAAAAUAGGAUAGCAAGUCAGCUAUACAGCCCAAUCUGUGUUGUAGAAACUUUUCUCUUCUGCCUGGCUUGCUUACUUCAAAAGUUAGCUGGCUAACGUUAGGUAGCUGGCUAGCUAGGCUAAUAGCCCCGCUACAUUGCUUUGCCAGUCAAGUUAUUGUUACCAGCUACGUCUUAUGACCUCUGUUCAGAAUGAGUAAUUACAGGUAAAAAAAAAACGUUAUUCAGAUUCAGGUAGAAGAUAUUGCUGCUAAUACUACCUCACCGCAUAAAUCUGAUCAAAUGUGUAACGUUAGUAGACAUCGUCACCCGAUUAAAAAGUUAGCUAGCUAGCUGACAAAAAUAAGACUAUCAGCUGAAGGAAAUAUUCAGGCUGAAGUCAACACGCUGAAUUGAACUGUAAAAAUGGAUAUCGGAACAAACCGCACUGACUUCUACAUUGGCCUCUCUCUUGCCAUGAGCUCGAGCAUCUUCAUUGGAGGAAGCUUCAUCCUUAAGAAGAAAGGUCUUUUGCGAUUGUCCAGCAAAGGGUUUAUGCGAGCAGGUCAGGGGGGAUAUGCUUACCUCAAGGAAUGGCUAUGGUGGGCAGGACUAAUAUCAAUGGGAGCUGGGGAAGCAGCUAACUUUGCCGCUUACGCUUUUGCCCCUGCCACAUUGGUAACACCACUGGGAGCAAUGAGCGUUCUUGUGAGUGCUGUGCUGUCCUCAUACUUCCUGAAUGAGCGGUUGAAUGUUCACGGGAAGAUGGGCUGCUUGCUGUGCAUCCUGGGUUCCACUGUCAUGGUCAUCCACGCCCCUCAGGAGGAUGAGGUGGCCUCCCUUACUGCCAUGGCUGAGAAACUCCAAGACCCAGGAUUCAUAGUGUUCGCCGUGUCUGUCGUGGCGAGCAGCUUGAUCCUCAUCUUCCUGGUCGCCCCGCGCUACGGCCAGAAAAACGUGCUGGUUUACAUCCUGAUCUGCUCCGUGAUUGGCUCCCUGUCGGUGUCCUGCGUCAAGGGCCUGGGCAUCGGCAUUAAGGAGCUGUUCGCUGGCACUGCUGUCCUAAAGGAACCCCUGUUCUGGUGUCUACUCAUUUGCCUGGUGAUCUGCGUCAGCAUCCAGAUCAGCUAUCUCAAUAAAGCCUUGGACAUUUAUAACACGUCCAUCGUCACGCCCAUCUAUUACGUGUUCUUCACCACCUCUGUAAUGGCAUGUUCAGCUAUCCUCUUCAAGGAGUGGCUGAGCAUGAGCACGGACGGAGCUGUGGGGACAGUCAGUGGGUUCCUCACAAUUAUCUUGGGUAUCUUCCUCCUUCAUGCAUUUAAAGAUCUCACAUUCAGUUGGGACUCGCUGCCACUGUACCUGAGGAAGGGACCUCAUGGAUCCCCUUGGGGCCAGCAGGCAUACGUGGCCCUGCCUAGCCAGGAGAGCCAGGCAGAGGGGCCAGGGGAGGGGAAGCUGGCCAGAGAGGGGAACUCAAAGGGCAACUACUCGCCAGAGGGCUCAAUGAGGAGGAACAAUAGCUUUGUCACCACUUAGCACUUGGGAUCAAUUCAGUUCUUAAUUCAGUAUGAUUGAAGCUCAAUUCAUGACUCUGAAAACAAUAGGCAAUUUUGAAUUCCUUAAUUGAAUUUCAGCUAAUUUCCUGAAUCGAAAACUGAAUUGACUCCAACCCAAUUUAGCACGAAGGCCAAAUGUUUAGAGAUCAAUUUCCCAUUGCCAGUUUUACAUUUCUGUUCAUUUGAUAUUUAACCACCUGCGUAGACAAGUGGAAAAUAUGUUUACUAAAUAUAGUCUUACAAUGCAAUAGCCACUGGAAGGAUUGUUUGCCUAAUUAUCAUGCACUGCAAUCCAGUGAGCACAUUGCAUUUCUAUACCGACAAAUGUACAGUAUGUCUAGAGAUUAGCAAAGUUCAACAGAAUUGUAUUUUACUUCAUGGUACGCCUAAACCAUUCAACUGGUUGAAAGUAUUAGUCCUACAGGUUUCCCCUUAAUCCGAAUGGUUUCUACUAUAUAAAAUAAACUGGUGUACAUACACUUAAUAUUUAAUCAUGGACAGUGAUAAUUGAAUGUAUUGAUUUUAGUUCAGAUCCACUAGUUUUGAUAUGAACCGACUAGUGCCUUCUGUUUUUUACUGACUGAACUGUAACUUAGGCCUGUCUUAUUCCUUUGUUUUAAUGUUUCUUUAAAAAUGCAAGACCUACUGUGAGUCAAGGCAAUACAGCUUUUACCUUGUGUACUUGCUUCAAUCAUCUCUUUCAAAGUUAGUGAUUGUUCAAUAUUCACAAUCUGAGUGUGAAGUUACUGUAAUACCUCAAUUGAAUUUAUUGAUCAUGUAUAUGAACAUCAGUAUUAACUGAGGCACUUUUCUUGAAAUAGCCUCUCUUGAAACACAUUCCUACUACUGCAUGUGUCGAACUUAAUGUAUUUCUUAAUCAUUGAUUUAUAACAUACUGCUCAUUCUUUUAGUAUGUCAAUAAACAAUUACCUUUUUAUACA